UUUAAAAAGGGUGGAAAAUAUAAAAACAGAGCCAAUGAUAAAAAGAAAGUCCAUAAAUCAUCAUCAAAAUUAUAUAGGAACAUGUUUUUGACAUUGAUUACUAAGAAAUAUAAUUUUAUGAAUUUAGUUUUACUUUAGGAACAUCUUUUUUACAUUGAUUACUAAGAAAUAUAAUUUUAUGAAUUUAUUUGUACUUUCCAAUUUACUUGAUCAGGAUUUAAUAUCUGGAAUCAACUUCCCCAUCACAUGACACAUACUACUUGCUAAAAGAAGUUUCUCAACCACCUGGGGAAGUUAUAAUUUUGGGGGGGUUUUCUUCAAUUUACAAGGAAGAGAACUGAAAAAGAAAAAAAAUGGAGGGGAAAAGUGGAUGAACCAGCUAAGUGGCUUAUACCCAUCCCAAAAUUGUACUUCUUUCUUACUAUGGAAAUAUUUCGAUAAUUUUGACCGUGAAUGUUUCCCCAAUUUGGCAUUUUACCACAUUUAAAAAUCUUGUGUCCCUUGUAUGGUUGUGAUUGUGUUAAUUUUUUUUUUAUUUGCUGGAAUUUCUUUUGAUUUAAUCCUUGCAUAUAAGUCUAUUAUCUGGGUGUAGUAUUUUGAGGAAAUUACGGCCAUACUGAGUUUGUACACUACUACUUAACUGAAUUUGAGUUACUCAGCUGAGACCAAGUCGACUCGGCCGAGUCCCUGAACAUUGGUAUGCAUGAUAAGUGGGAUAAUUUUCCUAUUGAAUAUAUGUAAUUGGGGUGUCAACUGCCUCAACAAAACCAUGGUUGUAACUAGCUGCUAAAAAACAAGGACUCAGGAUGGGACUUUCUAGGGUCCCGAGCACGAGCUGGUCUAAUAGACUUAAGUUUGUCACAAAAUUCAAUCGAGUCCAAACCCAAAAAAAAGGUAAAUUAUUGGGAAUGGCUACACUCAACCGGUUCCCAUAUCUUUUGGUUAUGCACCCUGCAGCCUGUAGGGCCUUAGUAACGCAGUGAGUAUGAGUCAGACUCGCCAAGUUUUCCGACUUUAAUGCAACCCAUGAGUGAAAUCAUAUCUCCUUACCACAAUAUAUUGUCGUUACAAGGACUACUGUAAAGAAACUCCAAAAGUAUGAUGUGAUUCCAAUUUUCAUGUGACAACAUGGGCAUAUGGUAUGCGCAGGUGUGAAGGCAUCAAUAGCAAAUUUUUUCAUGUGCUUGUAUUUCGAAAGACCAGUAACAUAAAGUUUUUCUUAUAAUUCCUCAUAUUAUAAUUAUACCAUAAUUUUCCCUAGGAGAGGUGUGGGAGUUUCAUACCUAGAUGGUAUAAAUUAUGACAAGUAGGGUGUGUUUGAUAACAGGAAGUGUCUUCCUGGAAGUUGGAACUUACCUAAUACUGUUCAUGUUUUGUGUUUGGUAAAAAAAUGGAAGUCAAAUUGAGAACUCCACUAUACAAUUCAUGUUCACAUCUUUGUAUGUUAAAAAAGUUCAGACCAAAAGGUCGGAACUUGAAAUUAGAAGUUUGGUUAAACUUCAUCCCCAAAAAAAUUUUUGCCCUAGGAUUUCUUCUCCUAUUCUUUGCUCGCGCUGAGCCACCCCUCUCUUGGGGCCGUCUCCAAUUCUUUGCUCGCACUGAGCCACCCCUCUCUUGGCACCACCGCUUACAGCCAGAGCUAAAUCCUCAUCCCUCACUAGGGUGAGAGGGAGGUCAAAGCUAGAGAGAGAAAGAGCGUAGAGAGACAAAAUGAGGGAAAGAGCAUUCAUCACAUAGGGCAGGCAGGGAUUCAAGUGGGGAAUUCGUGUUGGGAGCUUUACUGUCUCAAGCAUGGGAUUCAGCCUGAUGGGAUCAUGCCUAGAGGAAAUAGCCAUGGAGCCCGAUUCAGAGGAAAUGGAGUCUGAAUACGAAUCUGAAGAAGUAGAAGAAGAUGUUCCUCUCAUGGAGCCUUCCAAGGAUGCCAUCUACAAUGCAGAGGGCCUCCACGAGAAACUUGAGGACAUAGCAUGGCCCAAAGACAUUGAUUGGAUCCAGAAGCUAUCCAUUGAUGUAAAUCUGGAGAGAGAUAUUGAUGUAAAUGACGAUUUGGCUCGUGAGAUGGCAUUCUACACCCAAGCUCUCGAAGGAACGAGGCAGGCUUUUGGGAGACUUCAAAGCAUGGCAAUUCCCUUUCUUAGGCCUCCUGAUUACUAUGCCGAGAUGGUGAAAAGUGACAGCCACAUGGUCAAAGUGAAGGGUAAGCUCUUGUUCGAGAAGAAGAAGUUGGAAGAGGCAGAGGAGAGGAGGAAAGCAAGGGAGGCGAAGAGGAUUGCAAAAGAAGUCCAGGCCGAAAAGCUCAAGGAGAGAGCCAAGCAAAAGAAACAUGAGAUUGAAUCUGUUAAGAAGUGGAGGAAGCAGCGCCAGAAUGGAGGCACCGGGGGGUCCAAGGUUGACUUGGAUUUUGGUUUUGAAGAAGGGGAGGGAUUUGAGAGGCCAAAGAAAAUGAGGCCUGGCGUGGCCCCUGGUGAUCGAUCUGGUGGUAAUGCAAGGCAUGCUGGGAAGUUUGGGAAGGGGUCAGGAAAGGGUGGGAAAAGCAGGGAAUACAGGAACACGAAGUUUGGACAUGGAGGAAAGAAAGGUUUGAAGAGACAGAACAAUGCGGAAUCAGCUAAUGAUAUUAGAGGAUUUAACAAAGGCACUGCCCAAGCGAACAAGAAAAGGAAGAGGUAGAGCCAACUUCCAUGUUUUAUCUUACAUCACUUCCAUCCCAUGAGACGGGCUGCUUUUGCUUUUGCUCUUGUCCUUUGUUUUUUCUUUUUGGUUUUCUUUUUUAAUUCUGCUUGGCUUACCCUCCUAAAUCCUUUAGCUUGUCCAAUUUUGUUUCUUUUUAUUUUUUUCAGUAGACAAGCUUAUCUCGUGAGGAUGUUAGAUUUGGUGUAAGGGAGCAGGCUGCCAAAUCAUCUAUUCUAGUUUUUUAUGUAUAAGCAUAUUAUCAAAGUAUCAAGAGUGUCUCAAUCUGGGAUCCAUUUUGGAUGUUGUUUUGCC